AUGCGGGUUCCCCUUUCCGUGGACCCGGUGAAAAUGGAGCUACCUUCGACGAGUGACGAGCCGCCACGCGAGAAAAUGUCCUUCCAGUACACGUGGCCGCUGCGUAUUUCCAAGAGAAAAGUCGAGGAGGAAGAGCUGGUGCUCAACGUCUCGCAGCCGUUCACCACCUCCUACAAUGGAGUGGCUUUCACCUGGACUGCCAGGCUCUCCGAUGAGUGUGCCGUUUGGACGACGACGGAGUACGAGCUCCCGAACCACGUGUUCGCCUCCCUCUACUAUAAGGAUGGCAUCGCCCAGGAUGUGAUGGUUGAUGAAGUCAGAAUGUCGCUCUACAGCGCGAUGGGCGAGCUGAUCUUUGAGGAUAUGCGAGUCCCAGAGGCCGAAUAUACGAAAGGCAGUGGCUGGCCAAUCCAACUAUCUCCUGAGCGCCAGGCCCACUUCACGCGCUUCAUCCACAACAGCAUCAACGAGCAGAUAUCACUGCAGAUCGAGAUACGGAUGAAGACCUCAAUCUUCGACCCGAUGCGCUACCUGCCCUCCCUGGCCACGGCCCAUAUGAAUCAGAAGAUCAAGGAGGCGUGCAAGAAAUACGUUGAUGAUUUCCAAGCCGGCCGGGUUACGGUACCCGAGAUCGAGUUCCUGAACCUGACGAGAACGGAAGACAAAUACAUGCUCCACCGCAAAGUGUUCAUGCACGGCCUCCGGAGCGUCGAAGAAAUCUGCCGGGACGAGAACGAGAGCCCGGAAGUUGCGAAACAUAUUUGCAGCCAAUUCGCGCACACUUACUUCAUCGAGGUGCUGCUCCGUGAGGUGCAGGGAUACGACGACUUUGUCACCCUGCUCGAGGGGGUCAUUGCCGUCCACCUGCCCGAGCUGAAGAAGGAGACCGAACGAUAUAUUUGUAGGGAAGUUAUGAAGCUCCAAGAACGACCCGCCAACGCGCAGUUUCCGGCACCAGAUGCGCUUCAGGAAGAGGAAGCGGUUGAACGCCCCGAAAGCCUCGACAUCGAACGGCUGCAAUUUAUCCAGUUGAUGCUGCUCCUCGCCAAGAAAUACAAUCUGGAUGUGUUGAAGAUGGUGGCUAUGGGUGUACUUGCCGACCAGAUCAUCGCCCAGAAGAGUCCGCCGGAGGAGUUCGUGCAUAUGGAGCACGAGCUCCGGUCGUUGGCAUCGGAGAUUAGCCACUCGAGCUCUGUGGACGAUGACGUCGACGUGGAAGAACUUCUCGUCGGCUCGGUGCAAGACGACGUCAUGCAUUUCGAGAAAAGUUUGAUCAAGUCCCUACAAGAGGAACGAGUCGGCAUCCAGAAGAAGACCUUCACAAAAUAUAUCAACUCCUUCCUUAAUCGGGCGGGGCUGGAAGUCGGUGACAUUUUCAAGGAGUUCAAUGAUGGAGUGCUUCUCAUGAAGCUGCUCGAGAUCAUUUCUGGAGAGAAGCUGGGCAAGCCGAACAAGGGACGUAUGCGUGUGCAGAAGAUUGAGAAUCUUAACAAGGUCCUCGAAUUUUUGAAGAAGAAGAAAAUUCAGCUCGAAAACAUCGGAGCUGAAGACAUUCUCGACGGCAACGAACGAUUGAUUCUGGGUCUCAUCUGGACCAUCAUCUUGCGUUUCCAAAUCGACACUAUCGUCAUUGAUGCGCAGUUGGAAAACUUCACGAGCUCGUGGCGCAGCGGGCUGGCGUUCAACGCUCUCAUCCACGCUCAUCGUCCGGAUCUGCUUCAAUACGACGGGUUGAACGCGCAGGACCAUAUGGGCAACUUGAACAACGCGUUCGACAUUGCCGAAAAGAAGCUGGAUAUCGCCAGGCUGCUGGACGCUGAAGACGUCGACGUGGGCCGUCCCGACGAAAAGUCGAUCAUCACGUACGUCUCGCUCUACUACCAUCAUUUCGCCAAGCAGAAGACCGAGAUGACUGGUGCCAAGCGCGUUGCCAAUAUCGUUGGCAAGCUGAUGACACAGGAGCAGAUGGAAGACGAAUACCAAGGCAUCGCCAGCGAUCUGCUCGAGUGGAUCAAGCAAACGAUUGGCAUGUUAAACAACCGUCGAUUCCCGAAUUCGCUGAAGGGCAUCAAAGAAGAGAUGGUCCGCUUCAACCAGUUCCGCAACAUCGAGAAGCCAUGCAAGUACAAGGAGAAGGGAGACCUCGAGGCGCUGUUCUUCAACAUCCAGACCAAGAGGAAAGCCAUCGGCAUGAGCCCCUUCGUUCCACAGCACGGCCUUUUCAUGAAAGACCUGGAAACGGCCUGGGAUCGAUUGGACAGCGCCGAAAACGAGCGCCAGACGGCGAUCAUCAACGAAAUGCUGAGACUCCAAAAGCUCGAGCAGCUGGCUGAACGUUUCUACCGCAAGGCCGAGCUGCGCGAUCACUGGCUGAGGGACAUGGGUGGUCAUCUCGACGAACUUGAGCUCGGACGCACGGCCAGCGACGUCGAGGCGGCUCUCAAGAAACAUCAGGCUAUCAGCGCCGACAUUCUACCCCGUGAGGAGCGCUUCCGCAUCUUGACGCGCAUCUGCGCUGAACUCUCCGCCGGCAACUACCACGAAGCCAACCGCGUGCGUGCGAGGGACCGUGAAAUCGCCCAGAAAUGGGCGCAUCUGCUGUCCGUGCUCGAGGCCAAGCGCAAGCAAAUUAUGGGCUUGAACGACCUGAUGGGCCUUUUACGCGACAUCGAUACGUUGAGCAGCGAGCUGAAACAUCUUGAGCCGGUGGCUCGUAAUCGUGACGUUGGCAAGCACAUCCUCGGCGUCGACGAUCUGAUUGGCCGCCACGAGCUGGUCGAGGGCCAAGUGAAGGCGCACGGCGCCUGGCUCGACAACGUCUCCCGCCAAGCCCAACUCUACAUCCGCGGCAAGGGCGAGCAGAACGAAACCCUCCAGCGAAAGCUCGAAGACGUCAAUGCGCAAUACGAAAACCUGCGAGCACUCUGCCAGCAGCGCCGGAAUGCCUUGCACAAGGCGCGCGAACUGUUCCAGUUCAUUCAGGAUCACGAGGAGGAGAUGACGUGGCUGGCCGAGAAGGAGUCCCUUUGCCUGAACGCACUUCAGAAGGGCGACAUCGCGAAUGUGGCCAACAUUUCCCGCUUCCACAAGACCAUAGAAUCGGAGAUGAAAGCGCAUUGGACACGCACCAAGGAGAUCAUGGCCGCCGGCGAGCAGCUGGCGAUGAACGGGCAAAGCCGAGAUGAUGUACAACGCCGCAUCCAGCAGAUCCAACACCGCUGGGAAUCCCUUCGAAAGGUCGUCGACGAUUUGGCGAACUGGCUGCAGGAGGCCGAACGCGCGCAGCAAUAUUUCCAGGACGCCAACGAGGCCGAGUCUUGGAUCCGCGAGAAGUUGCCACUCGUCAAGUCUGAAGAUUAUGGCAAGGACGAAGGCCAGGCCGAAAGCCUCCUCCAACGCCACAACCGGCUCGAGGAGCAGAUUCACGCUUUCCGUUCGGACAUUGUUCGCCUCGAGGAAUCGGCUUCGCAGAUCGCCAGCACCAGCUUGAUGACCGGUACCCAUGCGACCGAGGUGGACACUGAAGAAACCGUCGUUCCACAGGUCGAGAUGCUGUACAAGUACUCUGGCAACGGGAUGGAGGUCAAGAAGGCUGAGAUCGUUGCCCUCAUCGACAAGUCGAACCCAGACUGGUGUUGGGCUCAAGACACGAUGAACGUGCUCUCGGACGAGCCCUCCGUUGAACACAUUGAGGCGUUCCGCAAGAAGCUUGACAAGCUCGAGCACGACAUCGCCGCGAAUGGAGGCACCCAGCUGAGGCGUAUCAACGGCAUGGCCGAUGAGCUGACCGCCGAGGGGCACAGCGAGACGCGCCAAAUCGUCGCCCGCCAGCAGGCCGUCAACAAGCUCUGGGCCCACAUCGACCAGCUGUUCCUCAACAAAACGGCUCGCGUGCAGACGCUCGAGCAGCUCGACGACUUCAAUGCCAACUGCGCCGAUGCCGAGAGCUGGAUGAAGGCCAAGUUCGAUCUCAUCGACCGCAAGCCCCAGGAUCUCAAGUCGUUGCAGAAUUUGGAGCGCGACUUGAAGCCCUUGGAGGACAAGAUCCAGUCUCUCGAAGAGCUGGCGGAGCGCGUCAAGAAGUCAAACCCGGAAAUGGCCGCCGUCAUCCAAAAGAAGAUCAACGAGCUCCGCGGGAUGUACGCCGAUCUGCUCAGCCAAGCCCGCCAAAAGAUCCAGCUGGCCGAAGAGACACAAGGCCAGGAAAUGUUCGAUGGAGCGCUCGCGGAAAUGCACGCGUGGAUCGAAAAGACGAAGAAGACGCUCUCGGACAUGGAACGGCCCGUCGACGUGCAGACCGCCGAGGACACGCUCAAGACGCACCUCGAAUUGGGCGACCAAAUCAAGGACAAGAAAUACGCUGUCGAAUAUAUCCAAGAGCUCGGCCGGCGUCUGCUCGUCAAGAACCCGAAGCUGAACGUGGUCAAGGAGAAACUCGAACAACUCCAGUACGCCAUGGCCGAGAUUGCCAACAUUUGGAAGUCGAAGCAUGCACACCUCAAGCAUCAGCUCGACCUACAGUUGUACAAUCGCGAGGCCGAGCGCAUCGAUGCGGCCACCAAGGGCCAUGAAGCUUGCCUCGAUUUUAAGGACCUGGGCGAUUCCGUCGACUCGGUUGAGAACCUCUUGAAGCGCCAUCGCGAUUUGGAGGCCAAGCUGGAUGCGCAAGAGGCUCGUCUCGAUGCUUUCAGCAAGAACGCCGACGAGCUGAUCCGGUUGAAGCACGCGGACAGCACAUACAUCCAUGAUCGCCGAAACGAGGUUCUAGCAAGACGUGAAGCUGUCCGUCGCGCCGCCUCCAAGCGCCGUGCCCAGCUCGAGGCCUCCCUGGAAUACCAGAACUUGCGCCGUGACGGAGACGAGGUGCUCCAGUGGAUCGGCGACAAGAAGAAGGUGGCGCUCGACGACACCCAUCUCGACCUGCACACAAUCGACAUCAAGCUGCUCAAGCACGAGGCUUUCGAGGCAGAGAUCAAGCCCAACACGCAGCGCGUCGAAAACAUCAACAAGGAUGGCGCAAUGCUCGUUUCGCGCCACCACUACGAAUCGCCGAACAUCCAGAAGCUCGUCGAGCGCGUUAACACGUCGUGGACCGAGCUCAAAGACGCCGCCGCGCGCAGGGGCGAAAAGCUGAAGCAGGCCGCCGACCAAAAGAAUCUCAACCGCAUCUUGGAUGACGCGAAUGCCAAACUCGACGAGAUCGACGAGACGCUGCGAAAUAAAGACGUCGGCAACGACCUGCGCGGCGUCAAGGAGCUCCUCCAGAAGCACACGACCGUUGAGCAGGAAAUGCACCUCUACGAGAACAAGUUGACGGAGAUCUCGCGCCGUGGCAAUGUGAUGGCUGGCGAAGGCCAUUUCGAUGCGGCUCGAAUCAUUUCUACCGUCAAGAGCCUCCUCCACCGCUUUGAGCAGUUGACCGGCCCCUGCUCAGCACGUCGUACGGCGCUCGAGGAAUCCCUGAAGUGGCACCAACUCGCCUUUGACGUCGACUGCGAACUCCAAUGGAUUGCCGAAAAGGAGCCGCUGGCCGCUUCCGAAGAUACGGGCCGCACCCUGACCGAGGCGCUGAACGUCUUGAAGAAGCACGAGCAGCUCGAGGCCGAGGUCAAUCAGCAUAGCCGCCACAUCGAGGGCACCAUCCAUCGUGGUGACGACCUCAUCAAGGGACAUCACGCAGCACGGGCUGACAUCAAGGCAAAGUGUGAUCAGCUGGCCGGCGCCUGGGCUCAUCUACAGCAGCUCGUUCGUCGCCGCAAGCGCAUCGUCGACUGGGGUGUCAAGGAGCAGCAAUACAUGUUUGACGCUGCCGAGGUCGAGUCGUGGAUGGCGGAGAAGCGGAUCCUGAUCGAGUCCCAGGAUUACGGACAAGACGAAGACGCUGCACAGAAGCUUCUCGCCCGGCACAAGGCUCUGCAAAACGAUAUGAACACUUACAAACAAUGGGUCGAGCGUCUUGCUGUGAAGUGCGCCGAGUUGGUCGACUCCCAUCGGCACCACGUCGACCGCUUCUCCAACAAGCAGCGCAAUCUUGAGGCCGAAUUCGAUCGUCUUUCCGAGCUGGCCGACAAGCGUCGCGCGCUGCUGGAAGACACGCUGUGCUUGCACGAAUACCUGAGGGAGAGCGCCGAGCUGGAACAGUGGAUAAACGAGCAGCUGCAGACGGCCAUGAGCGAAGAAUACGGCGAUGACUACGACCAUUUGAUGGACCUGCAGACGCGCUUCGAAAACUUCCGCACCUCGGUCAAGUCGGGUGACGAGCGGUUCAAACAACUCGUUGAUCGGGUCUUACAAUGGAUCCGCGAGCGGGAGAGCAUGGUACAUGCCGGCGACAUGGGCAACGACCUCGAGCAUUGCAAUCUGCUGAUCGACCAACUGGACGGCACCAGCGCGGACAACUCUGUCGACGAGAACACCUUGCAAGAGAUCAACGAACUCGGCGACAAGCUCGUACGCCAGGGCAGGAGCAGCCAGAAAGAGGUGCACGAGCAGAAGACGAUCAUCAACCAGAGCUGGCAAGCGCUCCAGUCCGACAUUCGGGGCUAUCGUCAGCAGUUGAAGAUGGCCCUCGAGGUGCACUGCUUUAACCGGGACAUCGAAGACACCAACGAGCGUAUCCACGAGAAGAUUGUCGCCGUGCAGAGCGACGACUUUGGAAGGGACUUUGCCAGCGUCGAUCAGCUUAUGCGAAAACAGCAUGCGCUCGAGAGGGACAUGGAGGAAACGAUUCUGAACUCGCUGCAACGCCUCGAGCAAAGCUGGAAGGAGCUCUCCGACUCGGCCGAGCAGCGGCACGCCAAGCUGGAGCGCUCUCAUCGACUUUACAAGUAUCUCGAUUCGGUGAAGAAAGCCGACCAAUGGGCGUCGAACCUGCGCACGAAGAUGACUUCGCACAAGCCGCCCAAGACCACGACUGAGGCCCGUCUUCUCAUCGAGCAACAUCAAGAACGCAAAGCGGAAAUCGACGGUCGCCAAGUCGAGAUCCGAGUGCUACACGAAGAGGGACAACGCCUGAUUGCCGAGCAGCCAGAGCACAAGGGAGAAGUUCAACGUGCCCACAAGCGGGUCCAAAACAGCGAGCAUCAACUCCGGCAAACAUGGGAGCAAGAGAAGGCGUCUCUGGCUCGAGCUCUCGACUGGCUCUUGUACUCUGAGCAAUGCGGACUCGUCGAAGCGUGGCUGGCAAGCAAAGAAGCUGUACUAAAGGAUCACGACCUUGGCGACAAUUUGGAGGCUGUGCAGAUGUUGAUCAAAAAACACGACGCCUUCGAAGAGGCUGUCAAGACUCAGUCUGACAAAAUCGAAACGGUGAGGAAGGAUGCCGACGCCCUGCUGUCCCAUAGCAACGACUAUUCGGUCCAAGUCGAAGAAAGACGUGAUGAGGUCGUGGCGCGCUACAAUGCUCUGCUCCAACGAUCAGCCCACCGGCGGACGAUGCUGCUCGACAGCCAGAAACUGCUCGACUUUGUGCGGUCUUGCGGCGAGCUGAUAACUUGGAUCAACGCCAAGCUUCAACUGGCCUACGACGAAAGCUACCUGGAUCCGGCCAACCUUCGGUCCAAGCUCCAAAAACAUCUGGCAUUCGACAGCGAGCUGGCCGAAAACGAGCAACGCCUCAACUUUGUCGUCAACGAAGGCAACAAGCUGAUCAAGGAGAACCACUUCUCGAAGCAAGAAGUCGAAGCUCAGCUGUCCGAGCUGAAGGGAGGCUGGGAGGAGCUGAGGAACAAGAGCGCUUUGAAGACGCAACGCUUGCGCGAGGCCUACGAUGCUUUCACGCUGGCAAGGAAGGUGGAUGACGUUGAAAGGUGGCUCGACCACAUCGAAGGCGGGCUUGCGUCGGAAGAUCAUGGAAAGGACGUCCUCUCCGUCGAGCACCUUGUCAAGAAGCUCGAUGCCACGCAGGCGGAAGUCGCUGGCCGCAGCGACCACGUUGCCGAAGUGAUGACCAAGGCCCGAGAGCUGAAAUCGAAGGGCGCCACUGACACGGACCAAUUGCUGAAGUCUGCCGAACAAGUCGAACUGCGGUACGCGCAACUCGGCGAGCCGAUCAAGAUCCGGCGCGAGAACCUGCUCGACGCCAAGAAGCUGUUCGAGUGGGAGGCCGAGGCGCAAGAGGAGACUGAAUGGAUGCACGACCGGAUGCCGCUCGUCCGAAGCGCCGACUUUGGGGACAGCCUCCACUCGGCCGAGCAUCUCAGCAAGAAGCACGCACUUUUGGAAGCGGAAUUGGACACUCGUCACGCCUCUCUCAACGAGGUCGAGCGCAAGGGCCUCGAGAUGGUGCGUGCCCGACAUUUUGCCAGCACCCAGAUUGAGCGGCGCGUCGACGAGUUGAUGGGUACGAUGUUGCAGCUAAAGGAACUGUCGAUCGCCAGACGCCGCAAGCUUGAUGCGGCGGUUAUUUCGCAAAAGUACUUUGCCGACUUGGGCGAUGCUGAACAGUGGAUCCGCGACCGGAUGCCGUUGACGAACAGCCAGGACAACAGCAAGGACCAAGCGGCAGCCGAGUCGCAGCUGCGCCGCCUUGGAUUGCUGGAGAAGGAGGCGAUCAAAUUCCGCGAGGAAAUUGAUCGGUUGAAGGCGACGGCUGACCGACUUGUGCACGACGACCACCACGACACGACGCAGAUUGCCGCGCGGCAAAACCGGCUCGAGGGCUCGUACGCGGAGCUGAUCCGUGCCAUCGGUGUCCGCAAGACGCAUCUGGCCGACUCGAGCCGAUACCACGCCUACGUUCGCCAGGCCGACGAUCUUAUGGACUGGCUGCAUGAGAAGGAACGCGCUGCCGCUGCCGACGAGUACGGCCGGGACCUCGAGGAGUGUCAGAGGUUGAUCGAAGAGUUCGACACUGUCGUCAGGGAACUGGCGGCCGCUGGCGAGCGUGUGGCUAGUGUCAAUCGCACGCAAGAAGAGCUCCUCAGGACCGGACAUCCGUUUGGUGCCUCGAUCCGUGCCAAGGGCGACGAUCUCUCUCGACUUUGGCAAGGCGUCAACGAAAGCGCCAAUGAGCGUCAACAAGCCCUCACCGGUGCCAAGCAAGUGCAUCGCUUCGACCAAGAGGCCGACGAGACGAUCAACUGGCUGCAAGAGAAGGAAGCCGAUGGUGUGGCCCUGGAGAACGUCGACCUGACCGCCGCUGACCUGAACACGCUGACCAGCGAGCGGCAGCGCCUCGAGGAGUUCAUCCAUGGGCUGACGGCCGUGGAAAAACAGGUGACCGAGCUGUGCCGGGAGGCCGAUCGUCUCGAGAGCCUUUACCCCGCGACCAAGGACCACUUGCUUGGCCGGAAGAUGGACAUGAACAUGCUACUCAACGACAUCACCGAGAGCGCCAAUAAGCACCGCGAGCGGCUUAGCCACACCGAGCAGCUGCAGGCCUACUUCCAGGAACACCGAGAGCUCAUCUCGUGGAUCAAGCGUCUUUUUACAACAAUCACCGCCGAGACGCUCCCGAAAGACGUGCACGCUUGCGAUGCUUUGGCCAACCGACACAAUGAGUAUCGUUCGGAGAUGAUCGGCCGCAAAGGACAUAUCGAUUCGUUCUGCAACCGAGGACGAUCGCUCGUUCAACAGGGCCAUGUCCUUUCCCAAGAGAUCCAACGUAAGGUCGAACAGCUCGAGCGUGCUUACCAUGGCGUCGAAAGCGUGUGGAACGAACGAAACGAGCUCUACGUAGAGAACAUGGACGUGCAGCAGUGGAAGGCCAACGCGAAUACGCUGGAACAAUGGAUGACGGAAAGGGAGAACCUCCUCGGCGACGAUUGGAAGUAUGUCGAUUCGGUGGCCACCGCCGACGAACGGCUUCGCGACUUUGACGACUUCCUGGUGACCGUCGAUGCUCAAGGAGAACGGUGCGAGGGUGUCAAGAGGCAGACGCUGCUUGAAAAGAACUUCUCACGCCAGCUGCAAAGAGAGGCCGAACGCCGACUUGACCAAGAGGAAACAACGCGAAGGCGCGAUACAAUCAAGGUCGUCGAGAAGGGCAACCUGUUGGCUAACCGAAGGCAAGACCGUGAGAGGAGGAAGACUCAGGAAAUCAGUCUGAUGAAGCCGUCGGCCUCUGGUGAAGAUUUCGCCUCGCAGACGCUGCCCAGGAAGCUGGAUGGCCGACUCGAGCGCAGCAAGACGACGGCUAUUGGUGAGCCGGUGGUGUCUGUUUCUGGGCCCUCGACGUUGCCAAUCGUUGGCUCGGCGUCCCAUCACGGCGACGCGUCGACCAGCAGCCUGUUGGCGCCCCAUCAUGAAUUUCCGCAAUCCCAGAUCCACACCGUCACGCCAGGAUUCAGCACCCGCCGCGGCACUUCCAUCCGCCGUUCCAGUGGCCAUCGUAUGGCUAACGAGCAAUCCUCGAUUGAUAUGACUGGCUACGUCGACCGCAAACAAGAACUGCAGUCCAGCGGCAAGAAGGCGACGCUCCGAUCGUGGAAGAACUACUACACAAUCCUGUGUGGCCAGCUGUUGUGCUUCUUCAAGGACGAAGAGGCUUUCAUGAGCAACAAUGCCGCAUCGCCACCGGUCUGCAUCUACAACGCCAUCUGUCAGCAGUAUCCGGAAUACGCGAAGCGCAAGAACGCCUUCAAGCUGAUCGCGCAGGAUGGCGCCGAGUACCUGUUCGCCUGCAGCGAGGAACGACAAAUGCUUGAAUGGGUCGCUAAGAUCAAAUUCCACGCUUCGCUGGAGCCGUCGGCCCAGUUGACCGCCUUCAGUCAGAGUGCCGCGAUGGAGCUGUCCGCGCAUGGACACGUCCCCGUCCCACCGCCCCGGAACAUCCCCUAUCAGCCAACCUCUCGCUCCGGCAUCUUGAAGAGGCAGCACGAAAUGGGCACCUCACAAUGGACCGAUUCGGGCCCCGACAAGCGUCGUGCCAGCCAGCUGAGCAGCGACUUUGCCGAUUUCCAAGUGAACGAGGGCUCCCAAUUCAUCUCGCGGGUCGAGGAGCAGAACAACCCACACGCUGCCGCCCCCACGAUGUCCAACCAGAACGGAGGCCAUUCGGAGACGGACGACGAUGCUUCUGUCAAGGGUUCAAGACGCCGCGGUUUCUCGUCGCUCUUCUCGCGCUCCUCGAAGAAGUCGAGCAAA